UAAUGAAGUUCCGGUCAUUUUGCAGCAGCAUCGCAGCAUCUUCAAUGCUUCAAUGGCUUCGGUUCGGUGUUCUGUCGCCUUGUGUUUCCCCGAAUUUGUCAGCGCGUUAGUUAGUGCACGUUAAAUGGUAACUGUUUCCGAAAGAUCAGAAGCUGAUUGAAAGAAAGGCUCGACUAUGCAGCAGAUUGUAGGGGCCAUCAGGUGCAGUCUUCUUGCAAAGCGCCAUCAUCAUCAUCAUCAUCAUUGAUCUACCUACUGCGUGACCACCCUGUAUUGACGUGUUGGUGCAUAGCAUGGAGGGCUUCCAAGAACUCUCCAAGGAGGAAAAGGAAGAAAUGGUUGAGCGGCGCAUGGAUGACAUGCGCCGCAAAAAUGAGGAACUGCUUAAACGAUAUGCAGAAAUUGAAGCGGAUAAAAAGAAUGCCGACUUGUUCAGCAGUUCGGCUAUAAAGGACAGCCCAAAGAAAGUGGUGCCUGCACAUGAAGUCCAGGCCAAUGCCUCGGAGCGCAAGAGGGUCCUGCGACCUCCUGAGCAGCCAAAGCCUCUGCGACGUCCGCACACGACGUUGACUGAAAAGCCACCUCAAAAUAAGAUUCAGCCCGAAGAGAGACGUAUGCAACGACUAAGUGCGGAUGAUCAUCCUCCUCCUGACCCCGGUUUCCGUUUCUUGGCGGACCGCAUGCGUGAGCAGGGUGAGGACGAGGGGGCGAAUGGGCAACGUACGGGAGACUGGGGUGAACAGAGAGGCCACAGCCAACGUCACAGACGCAACUACGGAGGGAAGGACUUCGAAAACGUUGGACCCACUAUGAGGCAUCAGCGGGACCUGGAGAGGGAGUACCCAGAGUCCCCCCCUCGGAAUCUAGCCAUGCGGAUGACUGGACGGCAGCGGAGAGAAUACGAACAGUGGAAGUGUGACCGCGAACGUAUCGACCAGGAACGGUUGCAACGACACACAACGGCCUCCGGGGAGUUCAAGCGGGAGUGGGACCACCACAAGGAGGAACAGGAAGAUCUUCCACCCCAAAGUGGGAGGAAAUAUGAGGACCAGGGCCAUUCUUACGGCAGCCGCGUCUUCAGCAGAGGUGGACGGCGCGGCCGCGGUAACGGAUUGAGCCGAGGACCUCGUCGUGGCGGCCGCCAGGAGACUAUGCGCGAUCGCACGGAGUCUUCCAGCAGCGCCAGGUCUGACCUCAGCAGCGAAUCGGAGUUCUUUCGCGACCGGCCGCGAAACAUUCGCCACCCCGUGCCAGCCCACGAACAUGAAGCGAACUUGCCCGGGCCGAACGUUGAGGGCGGCCCACAUCUCGGCAGUGAGCAGCCGACGAUCCUCCGAAACUACCACCAGGGUGGCGAAGGGAUACAUAGGCAUUAUCCUUCAACUGGGGACUACGAACAGAGCAACUAUGACCAGCGGAACUAUAACCGAGGAUCGGAACAGCGGAACUACAACCCCUUGUGUGAUGGCCGAAACCACGAUCGCAACGCCGACUUUGACAGACGUGGGCGAGGUCGCGGAAGAGGUGGUUGGGAGCAACGAGGAAGGCCUCGAGAACGUCGCGGAAGGGACUGGGGAGGGAGAGGAGGUCGGGACUUUCACGACAAGAUGGGGGGAGGGUCUCGGCCUCGGAGGCGCGAGAGAAGGGGUGGGGAGAGGAGUUUUGCAGACCGAAGAGAGACGGCGAUGCGGAUACCUUCGUCCGCGAUAGAUAGUGAUGGCGCUGCCAUCUCUACGGAGGACGUGCCAAGGAUGAAUACUAGCGUCGAAGAGGGCGGACAAGACGGCAGAGGAGAAAGAAGCGGCGGCAAGAGGAAGGUUGCAGAAAAGGAGGGGGAGACAGCAUGGUCUGGAACGGCGGAAGACGUUAAGAGUAGGGAUGCUUGUUACGAAGCAUGGGAUGCGAUUGGACAGGAUGCUGGAGGAGUUGAGUGGGGAGUGGAGGAAGGAAAAGGUGACGAGAGGGAGGAGGAGGAGGGUGUUAAGGGUUGGGGCGGUGGAGACAGCCACGACGAAGCAUGGGAGGAUGCACCGUCCCAUCUGUGCAAUGAUGAUGACAAUGCUGUGGAGAUUGACAAAGACGAGGCCUUUAGUGGAACUACGAAUGAUUUGCUAGGGCAAACUGAAGACACAGAAUUGGUGGCUGAUGUUAGGGAGAGUGCACAGACAGCAGAGCAUGAAGAGGUUGGCAGUGAGAGUGAUGUGGAGGACAGGGAGACCAGAGGGUCAUCGGAAGGAGGCUCUCGAGAAAAAGAGCUUGACGGGCAUGCUGAAGAUCAAGACGGUGCAAAGGAUCGUGCCUUGGAUGCUGUCAAAGUUGAUGAGGUUGAAAGGGAACAGAAAGAUUUGGACAGUGGAGCUGGGAGCAGCAGGGGCGAAGAGGACAGUGGAGCUGUGAGUCCCACCGGUAACUCUUCAGCCACUGGUGAUGAAUUAGAGUCACCAUUGACGAACGAAAAAGAGAGUUUUCCCACAGAUAAGGUGGAGGCUCUUACCUCUUUGACAGACACACACUUUUCGGAUGCUGCUACCCUAGAGGUGACCAACGAUGAUAGUGUCUCUACAGAGCCUCCUGAGGAAGCACCAAAGGCUGAAGAAGAUGUGAAUCAAAUUGACCACAAGGAUCCCCCACAGGGUGGUGGAACAGCGGAUCUAAAACCGCUAUCGCCACAGACGAGCAGACAAUCGCCGACAAUUUCCGACACGGACACACUGCUAAAUCAUGACACUGCCCCAAAAGAUGGCACCCAAGGAAAGGAGAAUGCACCUGAAGAGAAGCAAGUCAUACUCAAAAGUACUCCUGAAGAUAAUGAAAAUAAUUUAACUGAUACAGCGACAGCCACCGCUACAACAACAACAGUCUCGACUGAGCAGGAGUAAUAUUGUAGGUGGACGUUGAAACUUAGCUUCUUCCAACUUCCGAGCUUUCAAAAGAAAUUCACGUGCUAUGUAGCAAGAUUCUCUUUUACGAUGUCGCAGCUUGCUGUGGUCGCUCAAAAAUGAAGUUUUCCUGCGAGCUUUUUUUGUACAACGGAAGCGUAGUCUUGGAAAGUUGUAAUGAGGCUUCAAAAUUUAUUUAUUUUUAAUUGUGGAAGAAGAAAAAAUGUGUUGUUCCUAUAGAGUGCACUGGUACCUUUAAUAUGAACAUCGUCGUUACAUGAUACUCAGCCUGCUUUAACGAUUAUGAGGAAUUUCUACCGACCCACGGUCUUAUUUAUAUCCACUUGCAUUGUAUAUAUUUGUUAAGUUAUUUGCCACAGUCAAGGAAAAUGCGCAUGAGUGUGUUAAUUGUGAUGUUUGCAUUAAAAGGGAAAUGCUAAUGCACAAGUCCUCACCCAAAGGAGAUAUUUUGCUGAAACAGAAUUGUGAGAGUAUUUCCUAACUUUGUACUCCUUUUGGAGAACUCUGUAAGCCACUGCAACUUCGAAAAGUAAUAAAUUGCGAGUAGCGUAGCAGGCAUCAGUAACUUAUUAAAUUACGACGUCGUAACAUCGCUUCCGCAGUGCCCUUCGACGUGAGAACAUCCGAUGAAACAAAUAUAGCUCUUACGAGAAAGUCAUUGCAAGGUGUCUUGUACACAGGCAUACUACAGCUUCUUGGUCCUUUGAAGAUUAAUACAACUCACAAAUAAGCAAAUGCAGGAGGUACAGGUUUAAACUUUGUCAUUGAUGAGUAUCUAACGAUUGAAACAUUGCAUUAUUACUUGAAAGCGUAAUUUCUCGCGAUUCUUAUCCACAAGAUUCCAGCCUCGCAACAACCAGAGUUGUAGCUUUUUGAGGGCUUUCGUUGGCUUUUUCAGGGUUCCAAUUUUCAUCUUUCAACGCAGAGCUAGAUGUUUUAAAUCCGCUUCAAAUUUAUAGGAGGCGGAAAAAAAGUCCCCUCGGGCUCCCUCGUACAGUGCAGCUGGGACGAGUUUUGAUUGUGAUACAUAGUUUCUUUAGUAGGUGUAACUUUGUUUAAGGUAGUGAUUUUUUGUGUCCAUUUAAUCGUAAUGGUACGUGAACAUAUGUGAUUGUCACUUUGUAUGGGAAAAGGCGCCUCAAGUCUGGGAAGCAGAAGAAUACUUGUAUUUUAGUUUUUGUAAUAAAUAUAAGAUUUGUUUAA